CCAAUCUUUAUCAUCAUGAAAGAGACAUUGUUGCCCUAUCAUAGACAUGGACAACAGUCGAGGCUCAAUGCCGUUGCCCGAUGGGUGUUUUGCAUUGCUGCAGUGUCAUUGCUACUUGUUUGGAAUUAUGGCGCAUACAAUACGCAUUCAACCCCUCUAACCAGAUCAAAGAAAGACAAAUUCAAGGCCUGUUCCAUUGACACAUACCGGGCCACCGGACUAAAGUUCCUCGACACUGCUGAGAGACCUCCUGUUGAGGAAUAUGUCUUGCGAAGGAACAACCUCGCCAAAGCUCUUGCGUUGGAGGGGGUUGAUGCUUUUGUUGUUGAGCCUGGGUAUACGUUCAGCUAUUACGCAAACAUCACCCAGCCGCAAUGGGAGGUUUGGGAGCCAGAAGAGCGCCCUUUCGUCAUGGUCGUCCGCCCUGAGAAACUAUCAGACGGCAGCAUCAUCGCCAACACAUCAUUCCUUGUUCCACAUUUCGAGGAGACUCGUGCUAGACUCCUGAAUAUGCCUUUCGAAGAAGACAUCCAUACCGUCACGUAUGAAGAGCAUUGGGACUAUUACAUUACCCUGUACAAGUCGGAAAUAUGGGGCGAAAUUCUAUCGCCUAAGCUGAUGGUCGAUGAAGAGAUGCGGGAUUUUAUUCAACGCGGCCUCGCGGCCAAUGGCUUCACUGUUGUUGGGCUGAAUGGCGAAGUGGAAGCUGUUCGCCAAAUCAAGACGGAGCGCGAACUCGGCAUUCUGAGGGCUGUCAAUACCGGCACCGUUGAGGCCAUACGAGCCAUGCGCCAGUGCCUUUAUGUUGGCGUUACCGAAAACGAAGUUGCAGAGGUUCUUGAUGAUACAAUGAGAGCAGCUGGGAUGGACCCGUUUUUUGACAUUGUCGAGUUUGGAAAGAGCGCGGCGCUGCCUCAUGGAGGAUAUGAUGGCAGCAGAAAGCUCGAGUCCGGCAUGUUUGUACUGAUUGAUGUGGGCGCCCACCUAUAUGGAUACAGCAGCGAUGUGUGUCGCACGUUCUACCCACCGUUUGUAUCGAACCCGCCACCUUCAAGCUACAACGUCACUGAGCAGCUACGCGUGUGGCAGGUUGUUCUUGACGCGCAAGACGCAGCAGUCAAAGCUAUGGUGCCAAACGGAACCGCUGCUGCAGUAGAUAUAGCUGCCCGGAGCGUUAUUGCAGCUGCCGGCUAUGAGAAAGAGUUCACUCAUCGUCUUGGGCACGGCAUUGGCAUCAAGGCCCAUGAAAGCCCUUACCUCAACAAGGGUAACUUUGGCGUAACUUUGCGCCCUGGUAUGGUCUUCACUGCUGAGCCAGGCGUGUAUGUCCUCAAUGAUUUUGGCGUGCGUCACGAGGACAUACUGGUAGUGAAAGAGGAGGGCGAGGCAGAUAACAUCAGCGGCGGGUUUGCGACAAGCCCUUGGGACCCUUAGUGGAUUGUGUUGGUCACUCAUCUGUCUGAAGGAGCCGUAGCUCCAGAGAGCUUCACUCACAUGGUAGCUCUUGCCCUUCACGUGGCGCUAGUCACGGGGAGCA